AUGCUUGUGGAUGAUUCGGCAAAAGCAGCCCUUCGAGGGCUGCAAGAGAUGACUCUUCUACACCUAGAAAUUGAUGUCUCAGAGGAAGCAAUCAAUUUCCUAAACUCCACCAGCGGAAUUGAUCUUGAUUCCGUGAUUGUUCACGUCUCCCCUGACCCGCUGAAGUAUGCAUUCUACCGGCCACAUGGUGCAGAUGGUGUUAUUUUUAUCUAUACAAAAUUAUAUUCCCAAUCGGUGAAACAUCGUAUGGUACAUAGCCGUGCGACAAGGACUAUCAUCGCGACUGCCCAGGAGGAGGGCUUAAAGAUCUCAAAAAAAGUAACGUUCCCUACUUUGCUAUCUAGCAUCUUCAUCUAUGAUCUAACAUAUGCAUGGAUUUACCUGCUAGGUUGA